CGCAUUCGAGGAUUUAAAAGAGAAUGGUGUGCAUCGUGCUGGAGUAGAGACGGCGCAGGGAGGUCCAGGGUCCUGGGUGCCCACAGGGGCGCCUGGGGGUGAGGGCGUCGAGGAAGCCCCCCUGGGAGCAGUGCAAGAGGGAGGAGGAGGAGCGGCCACUGCGUCCCAAGCAGAAGGAGUGGCGGCUGCCGCCACAGCCGCGGGCAGCAGCAGCAGCAGUGCUGCCAGCUGCAGCGGCGUGAACGGAAUGGUUGCUGGCACCUCGUCUCAGCAGGUGGCCCUGGCUGAUCUUCCGACAGCCGACCAGCUCAAGGCGAUGGGCCUGUGCGACACGCUAAUCAUCCUGAGUGAUACUGGCCAGGGGGCCCAGCCUGUCAGCCUGGUUAGUUCCCUUGAGCGCACGAUGAGUGGCAUCGACAGCUUGCUGGUGAGCUUCGGAAGCAUGGGAGAGCCCAUGGGGUCUAGGCCCGGCCAGCACACGGCAGAAGGAGCUCAGCAAAGCACGUGUGAACGUUUCUUCGACGCAAAUAAGGAACACUACUGUCACUGCCGUUGUCAUGACUACUCUUCAAUGCGUGCACAGAGCUCACAGGUACUCCAGCCCAUCCAGUGCCUGGAGGGCACGGCCGAGGCUGUGGCCCGAAGUGGGGCCAACCUGGUGCUGUGCCUGCCCGACGAAUCACUCUCGUUGGAGGUGGGGACCUCUAUGCAGGAGGUGCCUGGCUGGACCUGGGUUCAGGACCCUACAUCGGCUGCGGCUGUUGCCAGUGGGGAAGCUGCAGCACUGGUCAGGCAUAGCGCCCCCAUCGUGGUCUCUGGCACACCCACGCUUGCCACCGCACCUGGCGGAGAAAUGCUGUUAGUGAUGGACUCCUCCCCUGUGGAGGACUCGGUGGGUUUGGCUGCCAAGAGCUGGUUCAACGACUCCGUGAUAGCCACCCAAGCACUGCUUACGCUCGAGGGCCACAAGUGACUUUGGCACGUCACAUUUUUUUUUCUUUAAUUUUGAAUGGAUGGGGCAAAGAAAGAGGUGGUACUUUGCUGCCACUCAAUGAGACUUCUGCUGGUGUGAUGAACUCCUUCUUGUGGCAUAAGUGUGCUGCUUCUGGACUUUUUGGUGAGACAUUGUAGUCCUCUAGAACCUACAGUAGAACCUAUUUGGAAGUCACUUUUGCAGGAUUUUCUUUUUCUUUCUGAAGAAAUAUACUUGACAUAAGAGCUUGAAAAUUGUGUGGAUACCAACAAUUAUUACACCGUUAGCGUUGUAGCAGGGCUUUAUUUGAAGGUCUUGCCGAACAUUGCUCUAGCCUUGGUUCCUUGAGCUUGUGGUCUUGCAGCAUUGCUAAAGAAUUGAGGCAAUUACAGUUGCAAGUGGGGCCAGAAGCCAACUUUCACUGUUUCAGUGUCAAUCACAUUGAGUGGCAUUUUGUUAAAAGUAUGAGAAAAAUGUUUUUCGAGCACUACUAGUGAAUUUCUAAGCCUAAAGGAGGCUUUCUCCAUCAAGGUGCCACUGUGCACAUUUGGGAUCCAUAAUGAGCCUGGUGUUGAUCAAGUCAGUGCAGCUAUGUCUUUGUGAUUUUGGAGAAAGUGAGUGGUGUAUUGUUUAUCUCGUCAUUGCUGCCACAUUAGAUGCUUCAUUUCUUGAUUAAGUUGCACAGUACUGUCAUGGCAUACAUCAGGCCUCGUUAAAGUAUGAGGGCAAAUUGGAAGGUCCUUGCCCCUAUUUUUUAUUAGCCAAAAUAAGGUACAUAUAGGGAAUUACAAAUAUACAUACUCUUCUACGUACCUUACUUAAUUUUUCCACGUUGUCUCCACAUUGGUUCAGACACUUGUCUCAUCGCAGCACUUAAUUUGAGAUGCCCCUGUGUUAGAAGUCAUGUGGCUGACUGUGGAACCACUGUCAGACUCUGCGGCCAUUUGUGAACUACAACACCACCAUCUCACACUUAUCAGAGCGAGACACCUUUCCCCAUACGGAGGCUGCAUUUCCCUGUGGAUUUCAAUGGGCAUUUGUCCCUUGCUUCAUAGAAAACAAAUUGCGUGUUGCUCGUACGCCAUGGACAUGUGAAGCACAACUGCCAUCUUCAACAACCGACAGCAGUGCCACACUGCAGAGCUAGCUGAAAAUAAGGCCGGGCCAGUCCAAGAAAGGUCCACUGCUGGGAAUGGAUAUAUUGACUUCGCAUUUACAGCCAUAAUUUGGCUAAAAAAGAAUAAAAUAGGGGCAAAGACUUUCUAAUUUGCUCUUGUAUGUCUCAGCUCUUCAUUUGAUUUUAAUGAUAUUCCGGUCAUCAUUACUAAAAGUUAGCCCCUCUGUGGCACCUCAAAUGGCAGCAUAUUAUAAUUUAUGUGCUGAGCAGGUUUCACGAUUCUGCUGGUAAAAGUCUGUGGUUUAGUGGUAGUAGGGUACUUCAUUGAACAGUGUUGUGCACAGAUUCUUCUGGCUGCUCUCUUUUUUUGGCCAGUUUUCUGCGAGUCUGUGCCCUCAUUUUUACUCGAAAGGUUUCCUCCAAGCUGUCACUCAGUUGGUUGGAAGUUUUCUUGGUGAUAUUUUUUAAAGCAAUUUGAUAUUGUGGUUUCUGUUCAAGUGCAGGACAUCAGGCACAGGAGUUGCUCAUGUAGUCUGGCCUUACACAGUACAGGUGACCUAUUUAAUGGCAUUGCCAUAUAGUCAAGCACUUUGAUUGCCCUUCAUUCUUUUAAACACAACCUAGUGCACAAGCUCCAUAGCUGGCCCCACUCUUCUGCAAGUCAUUGUUCAAACGUGGCCUUUCAAAACAUUUUCAGCACUUUGGCUGCUGUUGCUGCCAAUGCAAAAGCAUAAAACUGUUUGGUUUCUAGUGCCACAGUGGCUAUGUGUAAUGCUUUCAGGAUUAUCUGUAUUGCAUUGUUAGCCGAGGACCAAAUCGUACCUAUGCUGCAAGGAAGCAUUUCUAUCGAAACCAGUAAGCUUUUCGAUGUUGAACAAAUAGUAGUGACCAUGAUACUCUGCUGGGCAUUUCAGUCAACUAUGUGCCAGCCUUUGUGUGCAAACUUCAGGGUAGCUCAUACCAAAUGUAUGGAUCCUUGUGACAAUGAACUAGUGGGCCAGUAUUCGGCAGUGCACUGUGCACUUUUCUACGAUUACAGGCAGCCAACCACCAUUUUGCCAUGGAGACUGCGUUCUUAGAGGUUGUUGCAGCAGACUUGGUCACUGGCCGAUCAAAGUAAGGUUAGCUGAAUUUCUAGCGUAAUUGCAGUGGCUUUGUUUUGUUGUUUUUUCUAUCUUUUAUUUUUUUUAUUUUUGAGGUAUUAUGGCUAAUGUAUUUCUUUUGACUUGUUUCUUAGGCCAUAUUUUCAUCUGUUAUGUUGUGCAGCCUUGUAUUUCGCUUUUACAAUGCGCUGUCUGCCCACUUGAAAUUCUAUGUUAGAGGUAUAUAUCUAUACAGCAUCUUGCGCGUAGUUGCAAGCAUAUAUGAGGAAUGAUGCAGCUCUCUCGGAGAGUGCUUAAUGACGGAGUCAUUUCGAAAUUUGCAACACGAUUGUUCUUCAGUGAGGACUGGGAGAGUGCUGUUCAAGUGUGGAGGGAGUCAUUUUUGCUUUACAUUUUGACUGUUACUGAGCAGGUCAUUAUGUGUGUGUGAAAUGAAAUGCCGGAAUGUUUUGUUGCAGUAUAUAUGUUUAUACAGUUCACAGUAAGAUGUUACCGGACUUGCAGAUUCUAUGCAUGCUGUGAAAGAAUGCGUCAGAUUUAGCCUGCAGAGCGAUUUGUUGAAGAGUAAAGAGCAGAACGCAGAUAGUACAUAUGAUGGCUUUGUGGUUUUUUACACUCCACAGCCCUGUUACAUGGUAAAGUAGCAGGAAAAACUGUGAAGCAUAGAUUGCCUUUAUGUUGUUGCAGAAUUCCUGUACAUAAGAGGCACAGUCGACUUGCUUGUGCAUGUACAUAGAGUAUUUUCCUCAUAGAUUGAAUAAAGGAUCCACCACACAA